UUGUAGUGUGGGAAACCAAUCAACUUUAAACAAGAGGAUCAUAAUACUUCAUCUUAGUAUAUAAAGAGCAUGAAAUUUCAUUAUUAUUAUCUCCAAACAAAGAAAAGAUAAUUUUACCCUGUAAUGGAUUUUCAUGUUUUUCCUUUUGUUCUCGUCGCAAUUUUCAUAUUACAUGGCUCUUGUUAUUCCCAUAAAGGGUCUUACGAAUUUAUGAAAGAUGCAACAUUAGCACCAACUAUGGCUCGCUUCGACUACAUAGUCAUCGGAGGAGGAACCACCGGUUGUGCAUUAGCCGCAACGCUCUCUCAAAACGCCAGGGUUUUGGUCCUAGAACGCGGUGGUUCUCCCUAUGAAAAUCCGAGGGCCAUGGACAUCGACAACUUCUACAACACACUCUUUAACAUAACACCGGACUCGUGGUCGCAGCCUUUCAUCUCCGAUGACGGCGUUUUCAACGUACGUGCGCGCGUCCUUGGGGGUGAAUCGGUGCUGAACGCUGGGUUUUACUCACGCGCGGAAGAGAGUUUCGUGGAGAAAUCUGAGUGGGAGAUGGAGGAAGUGGAAGCUGCUUACGAGUGGAUCGAGAGGAAACUUGUGUUCAAGCCACAAGUAGGGGGAUGGCAAUCUGCGUUUAGAGAUGGGCUUUUAGAGGCAGGUGUGUUACCGUACAACGGUUUCACGCUCGACCAUAUCGUCGGGACGAAGAUCGGUGGAGACCAAAGACCUAAGGCGUACGGAGUGAUAUAUCAAGACGCGGAUGGAGUGUUCCACAAGGCAGAGCUGGCGGAAAACGCAAUGAACGAGGUGAUUUUGUGUGCGGGUGCCCUAGGGAGCCCGCAGCUGCUGAUGCUGAGCGGCGUGGGUCCUAAGGCACAUCUUGAGUCCCACGGUGUGAACCCUGUAGUCCUAGAUCUUCCCAUGGUUGGACAAGGGAUGGCCGAUAAUCCGAUGAACAGUGUUUUUGUUCCUUCUCCUCAUCCUGUAGAAAUGUCCCUCGUAGAGGUCGUUGGGAUCCCCAAGUUUCAUAGUUACAUUGAAGGUUUAAGUCGUGUGAAUCUCGCUAACAACUUAAACAGUAGGUUCUUCGAUGGUGUUCUAAAUCUUCUCAACAAGACAAGCUUCUCCACCACAUCAAUCACAAACAUUUUAAAAUCCAUUGAUCUUCAUUUUAUGGACGAGAUGGAAGUUGAUGGCUGGAUCGUCAAUAAAGUCGACGGUCCGCUCUCGAGAGGUUAUUUAGAACUCCGGAACAAGAAUCCAGAUGAUAACCCUUCUGUGACAUUCAACUACUUCCAAGAGCCAGAAGAUCUAGAGAGAUGUGUUAAAGGACUUAAAACCAUUAUGAAAGUGAUAGACUCGAAUGCAUUCUCCAAAUACAAGUACCCGAAUGCAACCGCACGUGAGCUGCUCAAUCUCAUGCUGAGCCGUCCCAUCAAUCUAAGGCCAAGGCACGAGAGUGCAUUGACCAACUUGACGCAGUUUUGCAUCGACACUGUGAUUACUAUUUGGCAUUACCAUGGAGGUUGCCAAGUUGGAAAAGUGGUCGACAAGAAUUACAAAGUCUUUGGCAUUGAUGCCUUAAGAGUCAUCGAUGGAUCCACGUUUCUCAAGUCUCCGGGGACUAAUCCCCAAGCCACGAAUAUGAUGCUCGGAAGGUACAUGGGGCAGAAGAUUCUUCGUGAGAGAAAUGCGUUCGGGAAAAAGAAUGAAGAUUAUUAUUCGAUCAUUAAAGAUAUAUGAUACCAAUAUAUGCUCUUCAUCGUCCAAAUAAAAGAGUGAUUAUAAUUUAGUUCAUGUUGUCAGUUACUAGUAAUCUUUCGGGUUAAGGAGCUAUUUCCCCCUAAAAACUAUCAUAUAGUACCAUGUCCACACAAACUUUGUUCCUCAUUCUAAUUCCA